AUGAAACGCGUCCUGGAGUGCACGCUGAACGUCUCGUCGCUCACGCGCAACGUGCGCGAGGAGCAUCUGCGCGAGCUCUUUGGCUUGUACGGCGUCGUCACGUCGUGCACGCUGGCAGUCGACAAAGUGGCGGGCAUUCCCAAGGGCUACGCGUACGUCGAGUUCGACUCCGUCCAGGAGGCAGAACUUGCGCGCGAGCAUCUCAACGCAGGAAUGCUGGACGGCCGCGCGAUGAAAGUCGAGUUCAGCUCCAAGGUGAAGGAACAGAGACAAGCGGAGAAGGCCCGUGCCGCUGCAGCCGGGGGGGCGCCGGCGUCGUCGGGCGCGCGCCACGGGGGCGGCGGGUCCCCGGCUCGCAACGGGGGCUCCCGGCGCGAGUUGAGCCCUGCUCGCCCCUUGCGGAGGAGCCCGAACUAUUCGUUCUCGCCUCGACGCAGGCAAAGGUCAGAGUCGCCUGCUUCCCGAGACAGGUCCCCGAAACGGUCUUCGCGCGACAGCGCGACGCCAGCAGGAGCGGAAGCAGGAGGCGUGCGAGCAACAGAAGCCGCAGCCGAUAAGUUUUUGUAG